UUGGGACGCCAGGAAGAAGAAAGUGUGUGCCUCGCGCUGAAUGAAGCUUAACGGCAAACUUCAUUCAUUCAAACUUCAACCGAAUUUGACAGUAUUUGCCAACUAUCACAUGUUAUUUUUGCUCUUCCAGGUGUACGUGUGCAUGUAUGUCACUUAAGCUUGGCAGUUACAUUUUGAGAGUGUGUGCACUUGUCUGUGCACGUGCAGCUUCUAUUAAGUGUGUGUGCGUAUGUAUGUGAGGAGCCCGUGUGAGCCAUGUCAGUAUCAGUAAUCAUAAAAUGGGGAGGUCAGGAGUACAACAUCAGUUCUUUGUCUGAGGAGGACACAGUGUUGGACCUGAAACAGUCCAUUAAGACUCUGACUGGGGUGUUGCCAGAGAGACAGAAACUGCUGGGACUUAAGGUGAAAGGCAAACCUGCAGAGGAUGAGGUGAAGCUAGGCUCUCUGAAGCUGAAGCCAAACACUAAGAUCAUGAUGAUGGGUACCAGAGAGGAAAGCCUGGAGGAUGUCUUAGCUCCUCCUCCAGAGAACGAUGAUGUGGUUAAUGAUUUCGACAUUGAGGAGGAGGUCAUUGAAGUGGAGAACAGAGAGGAGAACCUUGCUAAAAUUGCUCGUAGAGUGAAAGACUAUAAGGUGGAGGAGCUGAACCCUCCCAGAGAAGGCAAGAGGCUUUUGGUACUAGAUGUGGACUACACAUUGUUUGAUCACAAGUCGUGCGCAGAAACGGGUCAGGAGCUGAUGAGACCAUACCUACAUGAGUUUCUUACAUCAGCCUAUGAAGACUAUGACAUUGUCAUCUGGUCUGCUACAAGUAUGAAGUGGAUCGAUGCUAAAAUGAAAGAGCUGGGAGUGACAGACAAUCCUCACUACAAGAUCACCUUCAUGUUGGACAGUGCAGCAAUGAUCACAGUACACACUCCAAAGAGAGGAGUAGUGGAGGUGAAGCCCCUGGGUGUGAUAUGGGGGAAGUAUGGAGAAUUUUACAACAGGAAGAACACCAUAAUGUUUGACGACAUCGGACGAAACUUCCUCAUGAACCCACAGAACGGACUAAAGAUCCGACCCUUCAUGAAGGCCCACAUGAACAGGGAGAAGGACAGAGAGCUGUACAAACUGGCUCAGUACCUCAAAGAAAUCGCCAAGCUUGAAGAUUUCAGUGGUCUCAACCACAAACACUGGGAGAGGUACCUAUCUAAGAGGCAGCACCACUGAAGACAGACUACACCCUCUGCAAAAACUUGAAGACUCCUUCUCCCCAGUGUUGAGCCCUUUCAAACAUCCACACAAACUAUUUGCUACUACAAGCCCCUCAUUUCAACCUUUAUGACAGAUCCCAUGCUAACCAGCUCUUCAAAGCUCAGGACUGAGAUGGGCUUCCCAAUUUCUGUGUUUGCAUGUUAUUUGUCUUUCCUAGGCCAUGUACAUUUUGUACAAAAUAUUGUUUGCAUUUUUAAAAUAAUGGCUGUUAUUAUCGGUUUCUGUGGUACUUGUUAAAUCCACCCGUGUGAGUUAAACACUUUAAAGGUUUGAGGCCCCAUGUCUUGAGCCUUUGAGACUCACAAUCAACAACAAACUGACUUCAGUUAGGUUAAAUUCACAGUUUAAAAAUCAUAUCUUAACAGCUUUUAAACAUACUUGGUCUUCCACAUACAGUACUGUGCAGAACUUUUAGGCAUGUUUGGGUCAAAAAUUGAGGCUGAAGUAAGGUGUAGAUUUGGCAAGUAAGCCUGCCUGAGGGCACUUUUGGGUGGGAAGGAGGAUUGAUUCAACCCUGGUCGUGCUCUGGAUGUCUUUGCAUAUUACCAGGGGCAUGGCAUAGUAAUUUGUUGAAAAAAUAACAAAGUCCACACCUUUGGGGCAGAGUAUAAGCCUGCCACACACAUAAAGAUUUUUAGAUCUGUUCACUGACUACCACAGUCUAGGCCUGGUCUUAUCUCUCAAAACUCCAAAUCUCGCGCGGUCACACAUGACUUUAAGGUGAAGAAGUUACUGUGAUUAGAAGUUAGCUACAUGCUAAGUCCAUUACGGUUUUCAUUUUGGUCCAGCUCCCUCCUUUGACGGUUAGUUUAUGGUAUGUUUUUUAGUACACAUGGUUAAACACUUGCUUAGUUGACACAAACUAACAACUGGCACAAUUAUCGUGUAGUGUGUAGCCUGCUUAAAGGAUGGACGUGGUGAGUAAGCAUGGCCUAGGGUACCAUCUGAGUGAGUAGUAGGGUUGCCACAAGCCCCUGUUUGUACUGUGGAUAUCCACAGUGGAUAUCUGUGGAUCUCUCUCUGGGCGCAUUUCCAGGGGUGAAAAGGCCUGGACAAUAGAGAUGCCAUCAAGCUUGACCUUGGCUGCUGAGCGACAUGUGUGUCGACAUGUAUCUAGCUUGAUUUUUGCAGCUGACCCCUCCAGCCCCUAGGCUGUGGCACAUCAGGCCCUGUGGUUAGCACCCUACAUACCUAAAACUUCUGUACAUGACUGUAGGUUAAAGAUUUUUCUUCAUGGUGAAUUGUAGUUUGUGUGAUGUUGCUUGUCUCUCAGUUAAGAGAUGGCGUACUCUGCUGUGAGUAUCGAGUGUUAAUGCUCUGCAAUGCAAGCUAAAACAAAAUUCUGUAAACAAAGUUCUCCUAACAAGAAAAGUUUACCUUUUGUGUAUUUUCAAGAGAUUGAGAUGGACCAAGAACAAAGAGUGAUGACGCUAUUGAACAUUUGUAAUUGUUUACCUUAGUUCAUGUGGUGAGUUUAGUACAUGCAACAUUGAAGGAAAUCAAGUGAAAAUUACGGCAUUGUGUUCAGAACACUAAAAUAUCAAAAAUGAAUCCAAGUCAUUUGGCAACAAUCUGCUGCAUGCAGCUACCACAGUCUGAAAUGUAAUAUAUGCAAUAAUCCUCAAACCACUGUGACACUAAAAGAGGCUAAGAUUGAGAUUUGUUACAGUUAUCAUCACCUGUUAUAACUUGAUAUCUCGCUGCUUGAGGAUUGGAGAAAUCCUACAUGUUUUCUUUACACAAAUAUACUGUAGGUGCUUAAGUAGAGGGUGAGCUUUUAAUGAGGGGAUGGGAAGAGUGUUUUUGUGUUUGUUUUUGUUUUCUUGUUACAUGCCAGCUCUGUUGCAUUGCUAAACACACACUCUUUGUUACAGUUGGUGUUUUUUUAGACCAUUUAUUAAACUGUUUUUGUUUCUAGGGAUAGUACUUUAAAAAGUGAGGAAUGAUGCAAGAAACUGACUGCACAAGAUGUGGAGAUUCCUGUUGUUUUUGUUAGCUUUUCUUGAAUGAGAUUAAUGUUUUUGCACUUGAUGUCAGUGUUUAUUUUAAGUUAUGGAUAAAGAAGUGGAAGGGCUGUGGGAGUGUAUGGAGCACCUGAAGCUCUUGGAAACAUCAGGGAUGGGAUUUUCAGAUUUCAUCAGGAUUACAGUUCUCUUUGAGAUUUAAAUCCUUAAAUUUCUUGGAAUGAUCUCCUGUGAUCGGCCUUUUUAGUGUUUCCCUCAUCACAUCUCUAUCAUCCUGGCUGUAAAUAUGACAAUA